AUGGCUUUCCCUCUCCCACAGGGCAUUACGCCCUCGGAGAUCGCCUUUCUGGCAGAGAUGGAGAUGGUGACCAUCGUGCCUCGUCAGCGUCUGGAGGGUCUGGAAUUACUAGGAGGCCCUAUCGAACCUCUCGCUCCACCCCGUCGCGCCUCCAUACCCCUCUGGUUGGCGCUUCUUUUAAAACGUCAACGUCGUGCCAACAUUUUACCCCCUUCAUGGCUACAUCCAGAACCAUUAAGUCUGAUCCUCGAAGUCGAAUCACAACACCAAGACUAUAAAAAUGCUUUCUCGCCUCCACCCCCACUACCAGGCCAGCCCGGGAUCCACGAACACGGUCAGCAGCCCAUCGCUCGACCACAAUACACGCCAGAUGGGGAGAAGUAUUUUGCUGCGCCGCCAUUCCUGCUACAUAAUACCGCCCAAGCGAGAACUUCCGCAGGGGAGGUCCCUUCGCUGCCGUUUCAUUGGAUCGAGGUCGGGAAUAUGCUACUUGAUGUCGCGAGUGACGACCUGGUAGACCCGGAUCAAAUCCGACGGUUAUUGAAAGACUUGCGAGAGGUGCGCAUGGCGAAGAUGAGAUCUGGUGUGGAUGUUUUAGAUGCAGCUGCCACUGGCGGAGGCGGAGUUGCGCUAACUGGCGUUGGGGCGAUGGAAUUGGGCGAAGAACGUGGAUUUCUGGUCGGCGUGGUCGAUAAUCUCCGUAAAAUCGGUGCGUCAAAAGAGCAAGCGAGGCGCGAACAAUUGGCCGAGCAGCGCGCAAAUGGCGGGUACGACGGGACCCAAGACGAGGAGGAAGAUUACAUGGAGUUUUAA